UGAACUCAGCCCGUCCCUUUGUCACGCACCAAUAAAGAGCUUUUAUAAACUGUUGCCAUCUGUGAAGUCAUGUACGUGGCUCACUCACCCCUCCCACCCCCCUCGCAUCCCCACCCCGGCUCCCACCCGUCCAUCCUCGCUCCCACCCUCACUGGGAGCCGCCUCUUUAUAACCCAUCAGUGCUUGGUGUGGCCGCUUCCAACCUGGAAAUUGUUGAGCGUGCAUAAUGGAACCUGCUCAUGACGCGGCGCUCCCAACCGAUUCUUGAUCGAUGCUUCCGGAAGUGUGAAAGUUCAUUUCUUUUCAACGUCAUUUUUAUUCCGCUCAAGUCAAACACGUGGACUUGCUUUCCAGAGAAGUCCGAAAAACCCGUGAAAGGUCCACACGGGCACGCUUGAAAGAAAUAUUCAUUUAGAGCAACUUGGAUUAAAUUUCAGUUUGAUCUGCAAAUAUUAAACUGGAUACCUCAGCACUACAGACUGCUAUGAGGGGCUCAAGCCCAGGUUCAGGAGCAGGAACAUAGACCAGACGGACAGACAGACGGACACGGCUGACCUGACGCACGCAGACGGAACGACGGCCGGACGGUCUGAUGCCAAGCGUCUCCACUGUCAAUCUCACGGCACCGCUCCUCCUCCUGUUGCUAUGGGCGACGCAGGCCGCCAUGGCAACCAACUGGCUCUCCCUGGCGAGGCUGCCUCGCUCCCGGCCCGUGUCCGGGGCUGCCCCAUGUGCACGGCUGAGGGGGCUGACCCCCGGGCAGGUGGGGGUGUGCAGGGCACGGGGGGAGGUCAUGGAGUCUGUACGCAAGGCUGCAGAGAUGGUCAUAGAGGAGUGUCAGCACCAAUUCAGGAACCGCCGUUGGAACUGUUCCACCACCCCCCGAGGAAUCAAUGUUUUUGGCAGAGUCAUGAAUCAAGGCACUCGCGAGGCAGCCUUCGUGCACGCUCUGUCCUCGGCGGCCGUAGCGGUGUCCGUGACCCGGGCGUGUACGCGCGGGGAACUGGAGAGGUGUGGCUGUGACCGGAAGGUCAGAGGGGUGAGCCCCGAGGGCUUCCAGUGGUCAGGCUGCAGUGACAACCUCUCCUACGGCGUCGCCUUUUCCCAAACUUUUGUAGAUGAACCGGAACGAGCCCGGGGCCUGUCGGCCGGCCGACCGCUGAUGAAUCUUCACAACAACGAGGCUGGUCGAAAGGCCAUCCUUCACAACAUGCAGGUGGAGUGCAAGUGUCACGGCGUGUCUGGCUCCUGCGAGCUGAGGACUUGCUGGAAAGUCAUGCCGCCAUUUCGGCGCGUCGGAAUCGUGCUCAAGGAACGCUUCGACGGAGCCACAGAGGUCCGUUUGACUCGCAUCGGAUCCAGGACCGCUCUGCUCCCUCGCGACCCCCAGGUGAAACCCCCUGCUGCCAGAGACCUGGUGUACCUCGCACCGUCCCCAGACUUCUGCCACCUGGACCCUGACAACGGCAUCCCUGGGACCGCGGGCAGGAGAUGCAAUGGAACGUCACGGUUGGCACCGGACGGCUGCGAGCUGGUGUGCUGUGGGCCGGGCUACAGAGCGGGCCGUGCCGAGGUGGUUCAGCGCUGCUCCUGCAAGUUCUCCUGGUGCUGCUCGGUCCGCUGCCAGCAGUGCAAGAACACGGUCACCAUUCACACCUGCAGAGUUUGAAGCCAUCCCUACUGCCCCCUGAUCAUCGUCCCUAUUAAAAUAAACCUAACACCUUAGAAGAGAGACCCCCAAUCACAGACCAGACACUCCUCAACCACGGGAUGAGGAUAGGACUAUUUCACCACCGAUGACACAUUUAUCUCUUAACUUUUUACAACGAAGCAGUGAGGCCGCUCUGAAUUCUCGCGUUCAAGUCGGCCCUCAAGCCUAAUUAAAACCCAAACUGGGUUCCAUCGUUACUCCUUACGCGUUUGUAAUACUGAAAACGACAAGCACAGACGUGCAUGCACGCUAGUACGCUCAUCACUCGCUAUGCAAAGUGGUUGGCGCAUUUAUUUGAUAUCCUGGACAUUCAUGUACGACUUUUCUGCCAGCACUAGUAACGCAAUAGUAGGACAAGUCAGCGUUCGGGGACACUGGCAGUCUUAGUAAUGAUUUCUCUUUCUUUCACUACCAUAUAACUGCACACUAGGAAGACAACCUUGGCAUUCUAGUACAAAAACUAAAUGACGACAUGCUACUAGCGCUACAAGUGUCUCAAAAUUCUAUUCACAUCUAGCUCUUCAGUAGUAGUACGAGAACCAUGACAUGCAGUUUUGCCUUACAUGUAGUUAUCCUGCAAGUAUAGCAAAGUUGCCAGAAGAAAAAAAAAAAGUCCUACCAGUGACGACAAAGUGUAUACAAGUCUUCACAAUGAUAUGAAAUAAAUGUUCACUUUAUUAUAACGGCCCAAAAAAACGCCAUCUAAUCAUCUCCUACUGAACCGACAAGGCUUUCAAAGCUGACUGUAAGCGGCACGAACGGAAACGUUACAGCACUUAGUUGCAUUCACUGUGUUCACGUCCUUUCCGUCGCCAUUUAUUUAUUGCACAGUGGAGACCUCGCUGCACUUUGGCCUCCAGCAGACACGUUUAAAACGCAGAGAAUAACUUCUACUGACAUUGGUGUCCGUCUGUCUUGCAUUUCGCUCCCUCGCCUUGCAUGGGUCGAGCUUGUGCGCGCACUCGCAGCGCUUUUAGCUUUGCUUGUGUCGUCUAAUAAAAAGCAGUAGUUUUGUCCCACUACAUUGUGAAGUGGUUCUUUGAACUGCUCACGUUUUCAGAAAGUUUGGGGUUGGAUUGAGCAACAAAUGAACUUUGCUAAUUGCUGUCCGUUAAACCAUUUUAUUACAAAUAUUGUGUGAUUACAAAUUCCCACCAAUUUACUAGCAAAGGUUAACAUCUUAAUCGUUCAAGAUUGAGAUGGAUGCAAAAGAUUACAGCUUAAUUUUUGUCGUUUUGCAUUAACAAUCACCCUGUUGGUAGUCUAGUGAUGUCACAAACACACAAAUAAAACCAAUUUUCAAAAUGGAAAAAAAAUGACUGCUAAAAAGGUCCCAAAAUAAAGUCACAUAAAAUCAAUGCAAUAUACACAAAAGAAGGAAUAAAAUAUAAAUUCUUUAAGUCACCCGCAUAAGGGAAAAAAA